AUGAUUGACCUGAUCUUAGCCCUGAAGAUCGAGAUAUGUGGAUUGAAGAUCUGGUGGGAGAGAAAACUUCAAUAUGGCAGACAGAUGAACUUAGGCGUUCAAAACCCACUCCAGUUGAUGAAGCUAGGGCAGCACACAGGAAAACCACUUCCAUUGACUUGCACUCCAAUAAAAUUUGGAUCUUGGAUGGGAGGUGAUAGAGACGGAAACCCAAAUGUGACAGCAAAGGUCACAAAAGAUGUUUCACUUCUGUCAAGAUGGAUGGCGAUUGACCUCUACAUUCGGGAAGUGGAUGGCCUAAGAUUUGAGCUAUCCAUGAACCAGUGCAGUGAUAAGUUGUCAGAACUGGCACAUGAAAUUCUAAAAGAAGGUAAUGAUGAGGAGGAUCACCAUGAGCACUGGAAUGGAUCUAUGAGUAGAAGUCAGUCAAAACAUCCUAAUCAACAAGCUUCACCACUUCCGACUAAACUUCCAGCUGGAGCUCAUAUACCCUCUUGUGCUUGGCCUGAAGAGGGUGGAUCUGAGUAUCCCAGACACAUGCCAGGAGCUGAUCACAAGCAACCCAAUCACAAGGGUGGUGAGACUUCAAGUUCAACUGAGAGCAAUGGUGGCAGUCAAAAUGUCCGUUCGUCAAUACCAAUUUUACCAAAUUCCAGUUCUUCAUUAGUUUCAAUGACAUACUCUCCUUCUUUCAACUCUAGUCAACUUGUUGCUCAGAGGAAACUGUUUGCAGAAUCCCAAAUAGGAAGGACCAGUUUUCAGAGGCUUUUGGAGCCAAACUCAGAAUUAUCAUUUAGCUCUACAUUUCUCCAGCAAUUAUGUGGAUCUGGGGUGCUAGCUGAUGGUCGACUAGCUGAUCUGAUUCGAAGAGUUGCUACUUUUGGCAUGGUGUUAAUGAAGCUUGACUUGCGUCAGGAAUCAAGCAGACAUGCUGAAACCAUUGAUGUAAUUACAAGGUAUUUGGAUAUGGGCACGUACAGUGAAUGGGAUGAAGAAAAGAAACUGGACUUCUUAACUAGAGAGUUGAAAGGGAAGAGACCACUGGUUCCUCCCAGUAUAGAGGUUUAA